AUGCGCCUCAGACAGACAUAUUCAAAUAUUCGCGUUCGACGACGAGGACAAAUUGAAGACGUACAUUUACGACGAUUCUCGGCCAAACGACAGUGCGUGGAGGUUGGAAGGAAUUUUUGCACGCCGAACGCUCGAGUCCUCGAAGCAUGCCGUCUUGAUGUACUGUCGUCUGUCAAGUUCUUUCCAUUGCUACUUCUCGAUUAUUCGCCAUUCAUACACACCUUCCCUGCAUGA